GAGGUCCAAGCCAAGUUCAAGCCAUCGUCACCAUGUGGAGCAAUCUCGUAUCCCCUUUGCUAUGAUGCCUGAGAACCCGAGAUUGGAACUUCCACUCGUAUCCCUUUUCGUUCUGCGCUAUUGGUGCAGAUGUCUCACAUCCAGCGGCGUGGCUCAAGUCGCCUGUGUCCAGCAGCCGUCAGGCGCGUCGCGCAACGGUCAGCAAUCGAUAUGAUCGCCCCGACAGCGCUACGAAUGGCGGAAGAGCAUCGCGUUGGCCGCUAGAGCAUCCUUCAGCCCUGCACGGCUGUUUAGACACUUGCAGACCAAUAUUCCACCCGGGCGUCUCCUUUCCAUUCACCUCGACUCUUCACAAAGUGCGCCGCAUGCCUACUGAUCCCAAAGCGUCAUGAAUGCGUAUGAUGGCACGUCUUCGACGAUGCCUGCUUGUAGCAUCUAGUCUUAUUGGGUCCUCCUAUCAGAAAGACCCCAUCGUUGACUUCUGCCGACGAUGGGGUCACCAAACGGCGCAGGUUGAUGGGAGGUUGUAUAUUGACGGUGGCAUGGUAGAUUGGAACACGGAUGACGCGAACUUUACAAAUACAGCGUUACUAUUCAGCGACCUCAACUCUUCGACGCCUGACGGCCAGCCUUACCAGUAUGCAAAUCUCUCGAAACCUUCCGAGAUACCCAGUGUCUCUGGCGGAAUCCUCUGGCCCGAUGAGACCAACAAGUGCUUCUACCAGUUUGGAGGUGCAUUCACGAACGGGACACCUGGCGAGGUCAGCAUGUGGACCUACGACGUACUCCUCGACCAAUGGAACAAGACUGGUAACAAGGCUGCUGGCGUUUCCGCUACACAAAGAGUGGCGUAUGGUGCCGGCACACACAUUGAGGGGUUGGGAUUGGGAUUCUACCUCGGAGGCUAUAGGAGCAACGAAACGGAUCCGAACUGGACUGGCAAUGCAAUCGCAACAGCUGACCUCGUACGCUUCGAAUACACUACCGGGCUACUGUCUAACAACAGCGGGCCUGACGACAAUGUGGGCAGAGCUGAGGGACAGAUGGUAUAUUUACCGAUAUCAGACAGCGGUCUAUUGGUGUAUUUUGGUGGCAUCGAAGAUCCACAACAAAACGGCACCUCUUUACCGGCAAAUAUGAGUGAGAUACACAUGUAUGAUGUCCAGUCAUCGAAAUGGUACACUCAAACCGCCACCGGCAACAUCCCAGGCGCACGCCGACAGUUCUGCGCUGGCGCCACAUGGGCUGACGACCAGUCUUCUUACAACAUUUAUCUAUAUGGUGGAUACGGGUUCGGUGAUCCGCUUGCUUACGACGAUGCAUACAUUCUUUCGCUUCCAUCAUUCACAUGGAUCAAGGCAUUUCCUACCGACAACAGUACCGGGUCUUAUCCUCACGGAGGCUGCAGUGCGAACGUAGUGACUAGGGAUCAGAUGAUCAUCAUUGGAGGCUGGUUCCCAACAUCUGAUUUGUGUGACUCGCCGCGAGUGCAAGGCCAGCAUGGUAUGAACCUAGGGUAUAAUGGCGAGAGGAAGAGUUUGUGGGACAAGUACGAUCCGGAGCUAUCCACAUACUUCGUUCCAACACCCAUUAUAUCUGCUAUUGGCGGCGGACCUACUGGAGGAGCUACUAAAACAGCCCCUGCUUCAUGGGAUAAUCCCGACCUAGCCGUGUAUUACUCCCUCAAAGCCCCAUCAAUUACGCGGGCAGCGACACGUGCGCUACCUUCGAGUACUGGUACUUCCUCAGGGGGCUCGAACAAGAGUAGAGUGGGCGCUAUUGCUGGUGGCGUCGUGGGAGGUCUCGCAGUGCUCAUCGCUAUACUAUGUCUCAUAUUGUUCUGCCUGCACCGCAAAAAGAAAUCUAGGAAAGAGAAGGAUGAACAGCCAGCCGAGCUGCCCCCGCCAGUAGAACUCGGUGUCACUACCCCGCCUCAGGAACUGCCAACGCCUGGUAUGGGCAAGUACAUGCCUUUGCAUCAGCAGCAGGAACAGUACUCGCCGUACUCUGGAAUGGCAUCCUUGAACUCUCCGCACUCCGCAUACGCCCAGCAGUCGUCGGUAUCCGGAUCGCCGCCACACGCAACCCCCUACGGCUCUCCGCACGACAGCAACUAUGCGCAUCCAUCGUAUCCACCACCCUCGCAUGCUCGAUCUCCAUCUUGGGAACACGCGCAAUUCUCAACCAUGGACACGCGGUACUCAGCACAGGGCCAACCUUCGCCAACCUCGCCCAUCCACCCUUCCCAUGCUCCGCCACAGGAGGCACAGCUCUACUACCCGCCACCUCGAGAACUAGCAUACCAGCCAUCUGCGAUCUCUCCAGUUGGCUUCAGCGGUUAUGACUCUGUGCAGUAUCACGACAAUGUCUCUUCGCCGUUGCCACCGCCGCCCGCCAGCACGAUGCCAACACCUACGCAGUUCUACGCACAACCGGCUCCCGUUCCUCGCGACCCGGGGUCAGGGUAUGCACAGCCUUCGACAGACAGUGGUAGGUAUGGAGACGGCUUUGAGCGUGUAGGUCGGCCGAAGUACGGACGAUUUGUCGAGGGCGAUCACACAUAGAUCCACGAAGUAUACUGUCACGUUUCGGCGUUUGUGGGAGCUUGACGCGAGUUUUUUCUUGUCAUUAUUUGGCUUCUUCGAGUGAUACCCAGCGCUCUAUCAUAAUAGCAGAUACAUUCAAAAUGCAAAAUAUUAGUAAUGAA